GACCGCAGCUGCCGAGGCCGGAGCCGCACCUUCAGCUCUGCAGAACAGAGGCUUCUCAAAGAAAAGUCAUACAUUCCUGCCUAAAAUAUUUAGAAAAAUGUCUACUCAAUCAGCGAAAGAAAGACCCGAAAGCUUGCAGUUCCCUUUCCUUGACGAUGAAGAUACCAUCUCCACAGUCAAAGAAUCUAAAACCUUUUUUAUUUUAAGAGGCCUGCCUGGCAGUGGGAAGUCCACCCUUGCCCAGGCUAUUCAAGAUAGGUAUAAAGAUGCCUGCAAGGUCAUCUCUGUUGAUAGCUAUAAAAUCACACCUUCGAUAAGAAGCGCCAUUCCUGAAGAGUAUUCAAAGGUGGACGAGGAUCUAGUUGACUAUUGCAAACGAGACACCAGCGUUAUCGUUUUGGAUGACACUCACCAUGAGAGGGAACGACUGGACCAACUCUUUGAUAUUGCUGACAAAUACCGGUACAAAGUCAUCUUUGCUGAGCCCAAAACCCACUGGCGAAUGGAUUGCUUGCAGCUGAAGGAAAAGAAUCAAUGGAAACUGUCAGCGGAAGAGCUGAAGAAGAUGAAGCCGAGCUUGGAGAAGGAAUUCCUACCCAUGUAUUUUGGGUGGUUUUUGAGCAAAAGAAGUUCAGAGAUCCUGAGGAAGGCUGGCCAGGCCUUCUUAGAUGAGCUUGGAAGUCUCAAAGCCUUCAAAAAGGAGAGUAAAUACUUUGCUUCUGCUAUUGAAGAUCCCAAAAUAAAAAUAGAUCUCACCAGCUACUUUGUGAAGAGGCCGCCCGGGGUCUUACACUGCACCACAAAAUACACAGAGUUUGGAAAAGCAGCUGGAGCUGAGGAAUACGCACAGCAAGAAGCUGUGAAGGCUUCCUACGGCAAAGGCUUCACCUUGUCCAUUUCUGCUCUGUUCAUCACAACAAAAACUGUUGGUGCUCGUGUAGAGCUGAGCGAACAGCAGCUGCUGCUGUGGCCUGGAGACGCCGACAAGAUCCUGCCCACCGACAACCUCCCAAAAGGCAGCCGGGCUCACAUCACCCUCGGCUGCGCCAACGGCGUCGAAGCAGUCCAGACCGGGCUCGACCUGCUGGAGUUUGUGAAACUGGAAAAGGCAGGGAACAAGGGGGAUGAAGUGGGGGAAAUUGGAGGAGGGAAACUGCUGUAUUUUGAUAAUGGUAUGUGGAUGCUCACCCUUUCUAAAAAGAUCGAUGUGAAGGCGAUAUUCUCAGGUUACUAUGGAAAAGGAAAACUCGUGCCAACGCAGAGCACCAACAAACGGGGCUCCGCUUUUAGUUCCUGCACCAUCAUCUAGGAGCACGGGCAGAGUAGCUUGUUUGUUUGUUUUUAAAAGGCAAGUAACUCCUGUAACCUUUAAAAGUGUAAAGAGAAAUAAUUCUACCUUUACUAAAGUAAGCCCUUUUGCCAACCCCAGUGUAAAGCCUCUCUGGGGAGAGAGUUUAUUGGCCUCAGAACAAGGAAGAAAACAAGCAACUCUUGACUGACAAAGGAAAACUGUCACAUAACUGAUGUCAAUAACUGAAGUGCUGCUGAGUGCGUUUUAAAGGAGGAGUUUUGGAGAGAACUAGCCGUGGUGGUCUGCUUGUUUUCUUCCUCGGAGGAAGAUCUCCUAUGGUCUUUUAUAAACUUCCCUAUGAACCACAAUCGUUAGAUCUUUACACGUCAGCACUAUAAGCAGUGGCAGACCACAGCCUGUACAUAACUGGUCUGAAGCCAAGUGAAGUGAACUGCGUAACGUCUCUCCCCUUCUCCCACACUGACAUCAGUCAUUCUGGUAGCUGAAUUACCGGGUCAAAACCGGCAAGACCCAAUUGUGGAUCGUUUCUGUCAAGCGUGGCAGUUACUAAUCGUUUAGCCACAAGAAGAGAACUUGCAGAGGGCAGCGGGGUAUCUAACAGCCUCGAUCAGAGGUCGGUCCUGCAGCCCCGUGGCCAGCCAGCCACGCUCUACCCCAAUUCGUGUUUGCAUGUGCAGGCUUCCUUCACUGCCGGGAAGACACAUGCUGGGGAGCGGACAGAAGGAAAGUACGUUGCCAGGUGAUGUCUUAAAGAGCUAUCAUGGACUUAAAAAAAAAACCCAUCACAGAAAGGGAAACAAGUGAAAUACCAGGAGAGGCGUUCAGUUCCUGUAGCGUGGCUCCAGUCACUUCACUUCACAAGUCAGAGUGGGCCGGACGAAGCCCCGUCCCGUGUCCUUGUCCUGUAGGGAACAAUCCUGCCUUGGCAGGGAGUGGAAGAGAUGAACUAACAUCUUUUCCAUCUUAUUUUACAGAAACUAAAAUCAUGUCUGAAGUAUAGAACUGUACUUCAUGCAAGAUUUUACUACUUUUCUCUAAUGCACUUGAAUGUUAAAAGCUAGGAUGGCAGUAACAUUGUAAUUUAGGAAGUAAGUGGAGGUAUCGUAACUGCAUAACUUAAGUCUGCUCAAACCUAAACCAUUGGCUGGAAAAAAUAGUUAAUGAUCAAGCACUUCUGUUAUUAAGUCUGUUUUAUUGAAACUUGGUUUUGCUCUUAGCCAGACCGUCUGCCAGUUGGUCAGUGGAUACGUGGUCACUACUUUACUGUUACACAAAGCUCAACUAAUGGAUUCAGGUCAGGGCAACAGCUUAAACUCACGCUAUGGCUCAGUGUUUGGUGAACUGCAUAGUGAAAUUAAUCCCGUAUUAAUAUAUGUAAAUACUUACUGUGUU